GUUUUCACUUUAUAAACAAUUUGCUAGCAGCCGCAUAGAAUCAACUAAGAUAACUUUCCAGUAAUUUCUCCUAAAAUAAAAAUGACUGAAGCCGAGAAAAUCGAAGUACGCGACAUAACGCGUAUUGAGCGCAUUGGAGCCCACUCGCACAUUCGCGGACUGGGCUUGGACGAUGUCCUCGAGGCACGUGCUGUGUCGCAAGGCAUGGUGGGGCAGAAGGACGCUCGCCGUGCCGCUGGCGUCGUUGUGCAGAUGGUGCGCGAGGGAAAGAUUGCCGGACGCUGCAUUCUGCUCGCUGGCGAGCCGAGUACCGGCAAAACAGCCAUUGCCGUGGGCAUGGCCCAGGCCCUGGGCACUGAGACUCCAUUCACCAGCAUGUCUGGCUCGGAGAUCUACUCGCUGGAGAUGAGCAAGACGGAGGCCUUGUCCCAGGCCCUGCGCAAGAGCAUCGGUGUGCGCAUCAAGGAGGAGACUGAGAUCAUUGAAGGCGAGGUGGUGGAGAUACAGAUCGAACGCCCGGCCACCGGCACUGGCCAGAAGGUGGGCAAGGUCACCCUGAAGACCACUGAGAUGGAGACCAACUACGAUCUGGGCAACAAGAUCAUCGAGUGCUUCAUGAAGGAGAAGAUCCAGGCCGGCGAUGUCAUCACCAUUGACAAGGCAUCCGGCAAGGUCAAUAAGCUGGGACGCAGCUUCACCCGUGCCCGGGACUACGAUGCCACCGGGGCCCAGACACGCUUUGUCCAGUGCCCCGAGGGCGAGCUCCAGAAGCGCAAGGAAGUGGUCCACACUGUGACCCUCCACGAGAUCGACGUGAUCAACAGCCGCACCCAUGGCUUCCUGGCCUUGUUCUCGGGCGACACUGGCGAGAUCAAGCAGGAGGUGCGCGACCAGAUCAACAACAAGGUGCUGGAAUGGCGUGAGGAGGGCAAGGCCGAGAUAAAUCCGGGAGUGCUGUUCAUCGACGAAGUCCACAUGCUGGAUAUUGAAUGCUUCUCGUACUUGAAUCGUGCCCUGGAGUCGGACAUGGCUCCGGUGGUGGUGAUGGCCACCAAUCGCGGCAUCACACGCAUUCGCGGCACCAACUACCGCAGUCCCCAUGGCAUACCCAUCGAUCUGCUCGAUCGCAUGAUCAUCAUACGCACCGUUCCCUACUCGGAGAAGGAGGUGAAGGAGAUCCUUAAGAUUCGCUGCGAGGAGGAGGACUGCGUCAUGCACCCGGAUGCCCUGACCAUCCUGACACGCAUCGCCACCGACACUAGUCUGCGCUAUGCCAUCCAAUUGAUAACCACGGCCAACUUGGUUUGUCGCCGUCGCAAGGCCACCGAGGUCAACACCGAAGACGUCAAGAAGGUCUAUUCGCUGUUCCUGGACGAGAAUCGUUCCAGCAAGAUCCUGAAGGAGUACCAGGACGACUACAUGUUCAGCGAGAUUACCGAAAAGGAGGAGGACUUUGGCAUUGGCGGUGGCGGUGGGUCCAAGCGUCGCCUGGAUAUUGGCGGCGGCGAUGCCGAGGCCAUGGAGCAUUAACUUAAGUCCCCUAGCAUCCUCCCAGUACAUUCUAAUUUCUAUUGAUAUUUCUAGUUUUUUGUUCAAUAAAUAAGUCUUCGCCUUGUAUCUAAAAAUAA